GUGUAGAACAAGUGUAAUCAGUGAUGACAGACAAAGCGUUCGCCAAUUUAGCCCUCAAUCCAUGGAUAAUCCGCCAGUGUGCCUCAAUAGGUGUUAAAACCCCGACCCCCAUUCAAGCCAACUGCAUCCCCCCGAUUCUCAAAGGGCGCGAUUGCAUCGGCGCCGCCAAAACCGGGAGCGGCAAAACCCUAGCCUUCGCGUUGCCCAUAAUCCAGAAGCUAUGUGAAGACCCAUACGGUAUCUUCGCGCUGAUUUUGACCCCCACCCGCGAACUGGCGUACCAAAUCGCCGACCAGUUCGCGGUAAUCGGUAAAGUGAUGAAUCUGCGUCACUGUGUGAUAGUGGGUGGCAUGGAUAUGGUGACCCAGGGUCAGGAAUUGGCGAAGCGCCCCCAUGUGGUUGUUGCCACCCCUGGUCGCCUUUCGGACCAUUUAGAGAGUUGCAACACUUUUAAUUUUCACAAGUUGAGGUUUUUGGUGGUGGAUGAAGCCGAUAGGUUGUUAGGGGGGCACUUCGACGAGCAAAUUAAAACGAUUUUUCAAGCGCUGCCUAAGCAAAGACAGAAUCUUUUUUUUUCGGCGACGAUUACAGAUACUCUUGAGAAAUUGAAGAGUGUAACAGGGAAGGACGUGUUUUUUUAUGAAGCGCCGGCAGAGGUCGCCACUGUGGAGGAAUUGGAGCAAAAUUAUGUCUUAUGUCCAAAGGACGUAAAGGAUGCGUAUUUAGUGGAGACGAUUCGGAAUUAUCGCACUAAUAACGCAGACGGGAAUAUUUUGGUUUUUACAGACACGUGCAAGAAUUGUCAGAUUUUAUCAAUGACUUUAAAUGAAGUGGGGUUUGAAAAUGUGGCGCUUCAUGCGAUGAUAAAACAGCAACAGAGGUUAGCAGGAUUGGCCAGGUUUAAGUCAAAUACGGUGAAAAUUCUUUUGGCGACAGAUGUCGCUAGUCGAGGGCUUGAUAUCCCCACCGUUCAGCUCGUGAUUAAUCAUAACGUGCCUAAAGUCCCUAAAGAGUAUAUUCAUAGGGUUGGCAGAACCGCGCGCGCUGGACGCAAGGGGAAAGCCAUAACUUUAGUGACUCCGUAUGACGUUAAACUAUUACAAGCGAUAGAAGCACACAUCAAUACCAAACUCACCGAGUUUAAACUAGACGACAGCGAAGUUGGUAAAAUUUUCACGCAAGUUUCGGUCACCAAAGGGGAGGCUUACAUAAAAUUAGACGAACAAGACUUCUAUGAAAAGAAAAUGAUAAAUAAAAGGAAAAAGUGGAUUUUGGAAGGGUUGGAUCCAGAUGAAGAGGAAGAAAAGUAUCUGAAACGAGUAAAAAAAAGUAAAAGGAAAAAGGUUAAAGAAAUUACUGAGGAAACAAGCUGAUUUUGUACUUAUAUUUUUAUAAUAAACUUUUAAAUUGCA